AUGUUGAAGGCUAGGAGGAACACUGACAGGAUCUUUACCAUCAGGGACUCAUCCAAUAAUACGCUAACAGACAUGACAGAUAUCUCCAAUGCUUUUGUGCAAUUUUACACUGCCCUGUUGGGGACACUAGCACCCAAUAGGGAACCAGGAAUAGAUGGGGACAAAGCACUAGGACCAGAUGGUUAUGGUGGCCAAUUCUAUAAGGACUGUUGGUCAAUUGUGAAAGAGGAUGUCCAAGCAGGGAUUCAGGAAUUCUUUAGAACUGGAAAACUACUGAAAGCAUGGAACAAUACAGUAAUUACUCUAGUGCCAAAAUCUGAGCAUGCUGAAAAGGUUGGGGACUACAGGACAAUAGCCUGCUGUAACACGAGUUACAAAAUCAUUUCAAAAGUGCUAUCUAACAGACCAAGGCAGAAUUCUCCUAGUAGCUGUCUGAUAAGGAUAGAUUUGAAGAAAGCGUAUAACACAGUGGAGUGGGACUUCAUGGAAGAAAUGAUACAAGCUCUGAAUUUUCCUCAUCAGCUCAUCAGAUGGACUAUGACUUGCAUUACUACACCACAAUAUACUAUAGUUAUAAAUAGAGGGUUGUAUGGGUGUAUCAAAGGGAAAAGAGGAUUGAGGCAAGGGGAUCCUAUUUCCCCUCUCAUUUUUGUCAUAUGCAUGGAGUAUUUCACUAGAAUAAUGAAGGUGGUGGCCCAUCAGGUGGGAUUUGAAUUUCAUCCUAAAUGUAGAACUUUACAGCUUAACCAUUUAUGCUUUGCGAAUGAUGUCCUCCUAUUAAGUACAAGGGAGUUUCAAUCUGUGUUAUGGAUGCUAAGAGGGAUUAAAACCUUCUCUGAUGCCUCACCAGUCCUCAAAAAUCAAGUAUCUUCUGUGCUAACAUGUUUGCUCACUGCAUUGCGGAUAUUUGUGAAUUAUCAGGUUUCUCAAGAGGGACAUUCCCCUUUAGAUACUUGGGAGUUCCUAUAUAUGCAAAAAAGAUCUCAAAGAUGGAUUGCGAAGUCCUCAUAG